UAAUUAAUUUACUUGGUGAGACGCCUUGGCUCACAAGGUAAUUGAGGGAGUCAUAGUAUGAAUAUAACAUGAUCUCUUGGUUGUACGUACGUAUGAGAUGGGUAAGGGGGAGGGCAGUUGAAAGGUUGUUUGUCGCAUAGCUUUGGGCUCUUACCCAGCCACCAUUUCACGUGUGGAAUCUUUUUCUUUUUCUUUUUUUCUCUCUUGGGCUUUUAUGAAGCAUGCAGCAGCGUCCUGUUACUUUCUUCUUCUUCUUUCUUCUUCUUCAAUGAGUGGUGGAUUUGGGCGGUGCUUUCAUGUGACUGACGGUUCUACAACUCUAAUUCAGUGCACGCAUAUCUUGUUGACCGAUAAACAAACAGAUCUCUAUCUCACCAGUAUAAUUGGGCUUGUGAAUAUGAGUACGAGUCUUUGAUUUCCAUCUUGCUUUUGCUUUUGCUUUUCCUUUUGCUUUUCGGGUGUUCAGCAGCAGAAUCGGACAGCUCAAUGGUGCUUAGAUCUGUUGCUGCUGCUUGCAUCGAUUCUGGCGAUUGGCUACAGGGCAGCGGAAUGCAACAAGAUUCAGGGUUCAAAUCUCCUCCGGAGAACAUGCUGGCAUGUCCGAGGGCGUUGAUGGACAGGCGACUGAAGCCCAACGGAGAGCUGGCGCUCAAGUGCCCUCGCUGUGACUCACCCAACACCAAAUUCUGUUACUACAACAAUUACAGUCUGUCUCAGCCUCGGUAUUUCUGCAAGACGUGCAGGCGGUACUGGACCAAAGGAGGCACUCUAAGAAACGUGCCAGUCGGGGGAGGAUGCAGAAAGAACAAAAGAUUCAAAAGAGCGGGCGAUCACCCAUCUCAGACUGACGCAUCUGGAGGUCUUCAGAAUAACAGCAACGAAAUGAAUUGUUCAUCAUCUCCAAUACCAGAGCAGAGCAACCAGCUGAAUCUUCCACCGCCUGUUCGGUCAGUCUACUUUACUCUUCUGAAUGGAGGAGCAGAUGGGCUGGGUAUUUCGUACAGCAGUGCAUCAGUACAGCAGCAACAUAAUCUUCAAGCUUUGAAGGUGGCGGCAGGUGCGGAUCCGGAUCUGGGGGUGCUGACAGACAAUUGUAACAGUAACGCUUCAGGCUCAUGCUCAGGUUCAGGCACAGGCAUGAUGAUGAUGAUAGAAGUCCCAUCUACAUCGACAUGUCCAUCAAAUCCCACCGCCAGUCAUGAACCAUUGGCCAACCUGUCAAAUCUGAAUACCUUCCAGUCUCCUCCAAACCUAAUCUCCCCAAGUGGACCAGAACAACAUCCACAAGCACCCUCGUUAGUGCAAAUUAAUGGAGAUCUAAGUACCAUUUUCGAGGCAGCCCGUCAUCAUCAUCAAAAUCAGCAGGUGCCCACGUCAUCCGCACCCACAUUUUCCCAUGUCAGCAGCAACAGCAAUCGGUUUAAUGAUGUAACAGGUGUUAAUGAUCAUAGAUUGAACUCUACCCUCCAAGAUCAAGACGUCCAAAUUCAAUGGCAUCAGCAGCACAAGUUUACGAUCCCCGUGGAAGAUCAUCAUGAUAAUGGGGGGGCUGCACAGGUAUUAUUGCCUUUUGAUCACGAGAAUCAUCACCAAGUCAGACCACCGCAUCAUGAUCAGAUCAAAUUGAGACACUUGAACAUGGACGGCGUACAGACUACUCCCAUGACAGGCGGUGAAGUAAUUGAAGAAAACGGCCAUGCUACUCCAUACAAUUGGCAACUGCCCACAUCUGAAGGAUUGCUCGACACUUCUGCUAAUAAUAUUAACUACUGGAAUGGUACUGCUGGAGCAUGGCCGGAUCUCUCUUGUUAUGCUCCUUAUACAAACCCGUUGAUUUAAAGGCCAUACUUUAUAAACAUCAUGAACUGGGGAUAAUUACUAAUAUGGAUCCUGAGAAAGCCAGGAGAUCUUUGAUUAAGUACAUUGGUAUAAUAAAACUAUAUUGUAUAAUGUUUGCCAGUCAUGACUCCGUUCCAGACUCUCAAAACAACUGUUUCUGCAGCAGCCUAUUAUGAGAGAUCAGCAUCCUAUAUGGUGUUUCUUACAUAGCUUGCAGGAUUAAUCAGACCAGAGGCAGCUGUAAUUGAAGCUUUUGUUUUGAUUUCGUGAUAGAUGCAGCGAAGAAGUCUCAUUCAAUGGACCUCGCCAAUACAUGAGAGGUACAUGACAUUUGUUCCCUUGCUGCCCAUGUGAUAUCCUGCCCUUUUGGCAGUGUCAGUGUGGAACUUCUGUAAAUAGAGAUUUAACUUGUAUUUGUAUUUUGAAUUUAGCUUGAGAAUUUGUCUAAUCCGUUGUAGAUAUCUUUGAUUUGGACUUCUACAACGGUGCAGUGAUAUUCUCUAUCACUGCAAAAAAUUUACCUAAUUCGCUGGAAUCUAUUCUGACACUCCAGCCUAAUGCUUCAACUGCUAAUGUAAAUUUAGCUCUGGCAUGUUAGUCUCUGCUUUUCUUGCUCCUC